GGUUGGUAUGGAUAGUGGCGUAUGUUUGACCGGGAUCCCACCCUACCCCCACCCCAAAAAGAGACAAAGUCGGCUCACCCCACUCUCAAGCCCCCAAUUUCUUCUCUAAUUCAAUCCAUCCAGGGUGCGUACCCUUUCGAUCCAAUCUUCCUCACAACCGCUCUCGCUCUUUUCUCACUGGCAGGUCUAAUUGUUUACGUGAAGUCUGCCUUUCAAGACUGAUGAUGGAAAUAAACUAAAGCUUGAUUUGCUCCGUAUUUAAUGGCUCGUAAAGGAAACCAACAGAAGAAUGGGUUUGGGGGAAGCACAUCAAGCCACAAAAAAGGUGGUCUCCAGUCGGGGUCUACAAUGCCUAAUAAAAAGCAAAAGGGAAGCGCAGGCAACACAAAAGAUGCUAAAGGUGAAGAUUAUUCAAGUGAUGCACAACCAUCCGUAUUUGUCGUAGAUGCCUCUCAAAAACCCAAUCAUCUUAAAGAAGACAAGAAAAAGACUGGUGACCAUGGUAAUGUAAAGAUUCAGGGUACAGCUGGCGCAGAGCAAUCAGAACCAUGUGACAGUACUUCUCAAGAUUACACGUCUACAACUGGGGAAGAAGAUAAAUGGGCUUCAAAGAAUAGAACGUUUGAAAGUGUAGAGCUUCCAGAAACUGUGGGCGUUAGGUACUUAAAGACAUUUGUAUCGUCUGUCUCAAAGGCCUCAACUGAAUGGCUGCACAAACACAGGCCAUUGCUUGAUAUAUUAGUAACCAAAAUAUUAACCUCUCGUGAUUACGUUAGAAUGAAAAUCAAGCAUGCUUACCCGAUUGUCUUGAAAUGGCUUUCACAUUUCAUGAGCAUAUUGCUUGUUCUUUCGAUGGUGUGGCUGGAUUGCACCCUUAGAGGUAUAGACUCUGUUAUACGCAUGGGGACCACAUCAUUUCUCACUGUUAUUUGGUGCAGCAUCUUUUCCGCGGUUGCAAUGAUUGGAAUGCUCAAGUUUAUUACUGUUGGGGCCAUAGUUGUUUUGGUUGCACUUUUUGUAGGGUUUACCCUUGGUCUUUUGUUGCUUGUUGUUUCUGGAAUUGUUUUCUUAUGGUUGUAUGGAAGCUUUUGGACAACUUUAACUGUCCUAGCUAUUGCCGGAAUGUCUUUUACAUUUAGCCAUGAGCGCCUUGCGCUGCUAAUUAUGACGCUGUACUCUUUAUAUUCUGCAUGGACAUUGGUUGGCUGGCUUGGCCUUAUCUUCGCUUUGAAUUUAUCAUUUUUCUCAAGUGACGCCCUUGUAUACUUGUUGAGGAAUAACAUGAAUGAGCAUAGAAGAGCCAACAGUGUCCCUGAACAACCAGCUGGCAUGCAAAGUGGGCCAGGCGAGGAAGAGCACACUGAUGGUGGGUCCCAUCCACCGGCUGACCGUGGCUCUGGGGUACCUUCAACUAGUGGGUCUGAUUCCGAAGAUGAAGUUGUUCGAUUGUUAAACUCAGCAGAUCACUAUUCAGCAUUGGGUUUGUCUAGAUUCCAAGAAAUAGAUGUCACUUUUCUCAAGCGGGAAUACAGAAAAAAGGCAAUGCUGGUCCAUCCUGAUAAAAAUAUGGGUAAUGAAAAAGCUGCUGAAGCUUUUAAGAAGCUUCAAAAUGCAUACGAGGUUUUGCUGGAUACUUCUAAGCAAAAAGCAUAUGAUGAUGAAUUGAGAAGGGAAGAUCUUUUGAAUUACUUCCGACGAUUUCAAAAUACUACCCCAAAGAACAAACGAGAUGGGUUUUUUGGACGGUCAGAGGUUCAUGUGGAUGAUCCUUUGGGAGAAUCUAGACGAAUUGCAUGCCAAAAGUGUGGCAGUUUUCACAUGUGGUUUUACUCCAAAAAGACAAAAGCUAGAGCCAGAUCGUGCCAGGAUUGUAAAGACUUUCAUCCAGCCAAAGAUGGGGAUGGGUGGGUUGAACAAUCAUCUCAGCCGUUCCUAUUUGGGAUAUUCCACAAGGUAGAUACCCCCCGUGCUUAUGUUUGUGCAGAUAGCAAGAUAUACGAUGCCACAGAAUGGUAUCUCUGCCAGGGAAUGAGAUGCCCCACAAAUACUCACAAACCAAGCUUUCAUGUGAACACGAGUGUAAUGUCAAAGCACAGCUACAGUAAGGGAGCGAGCUCAAGCCAUAGAGGAGGAGGAGGAGGGAUGCCAAACAUGGAUGAAACCAUGACGGAAGAAGAAUUCAUGGAGUGGUUACAAAAUGCGGUCCAAUCGGGCAUGUUUGACAAUUUUGCAGCAGCCAAUGGUGGCUCACCUUCAAACAGCUCCAAAAAUGGAAGCUCUAGCUCUAGUAAACAACGAAAGAAGAAAGGCAAGAAAUGGUAACAAAUUACUAGACCUGGUAUUGUAUAUUGUGUCAUGAAACAACUUUCUAAAAAUGGGAGCUCAAGUCAUAGCUAAUAGUUUUUCUUUUUUACUUUUACAAUUGCCGAGUAUAUUACUUGAGAAAGAGAUUUGGAAUGUCUUGAUCCUCACGGUUUGGAAGUUGGAACUUGCAAUCCGGGUGUCAAAUUUUAACCCAUUUACUUAUGAAUGUGUAGAUUUGGGUUAUAUUUUAUCUUCAACACUUCCAUAUGUUUCCAUUACUGAGUUAUUUUAUUUGAAAUUUAAUUUCUUCUUGUU